AUGCCAGUUGAGCUGCAUAUCGAUACGCAGGCGGCCAAUGACCUCACCAUCCACCCUGCCGCCCUCCCUGUCGACGCUCGCCCAGGAGACCUCGUCGCUAUCCGCCCCGUGCUCUCGCCGCACUCGAAGGGCAAGGCGAAGGACAGACCAUUGCUGUACAAGGUCGAGAAGACUGCUGCCGACGCAGAGGACGCGACUGGUACGAACGGUGGAGCAGGAGCAAGCGGAGACCAGCAGGUGGGGGUUGCGGGUACAGCGGCAGCAGCGGCGACGACGAGGCGGAGAGGCAAGGCGCACGUCGUCGUGAGUGCGACUCUGGCGCAGUCGUUCAGCUGGGUCAAGAACCGCAUCGAGGUCGAGUUGUCCCUGAUCCCUGCACCCCCUCCACGACGGAUAUGCGCCUCGCACGUCGAGCUGUACUUCAACAACAUGUACCUGUCCCGUCCCGACUCGUUCAGCCUCACCCUCGCACUCGCCAACAAAGUUCUGCACACCGGACAGCGCGUCGCUCUUCCCGGUUCCGGCGCUCGUCUGCGCGUCGGCGACAUGUGGUCUGCCGGACCGGGCCAGCAUCCCUCGUCGAGCUCGAAGAGCCGGCGAGGCGCCUCGUCUUCCUCCUCCUCCGCCGAAAACGCCCGCAUCGACGCCGCCUACGUGACGGAAGAGACCAAGUUCGUCUUCCGCUCUGAAGGCGGGCGGGCCUACAUCUUCGUCGAGGUCUCGGAGGAACUGUGGCAGUUCGAGGAGGAUGGCAGCAUGUUACUCGAGAAGUGCGACCUGUUCCUGCAGGAACUCUUCUCGCACUACAGCGGCAAGAUGAGUCCUGAGGCGGAGGACAAGCGGAGUAAGGGCAUCCCGACGACUCACGUUGUCAGUAUCAUCCUGUACGGACGGGUGAUCUACGACGACGAGCAGGACGGCGAGGAGGAGAGGGCGCCAUUGUGCAGGCUUGAGGACGGCACUCUCUACCGCGACUUCUACAAGGUCAUCCUCGACCUGACGCCCUCUCCGCCUCAAUCCGUAAUCCACAAGGUCGCCCUCGAACUCCGCCGAUGGCAAUCGACCGUCCUCCUUCGCCGCCGCUCAGACGGUACAGAACGCCUGUCAGGCCGACUAGCCUACGCGCACGAGUCGCCCAUCCUCGAAGCGACCAACCUCGCGCUCAACUCGUUCGAGGAGCACUGGAUCGACCGCGACCUACAGCGAACCGGCCAGGAGGUCAUCGUCCUCACGGCGGGAACGGUCUUCUACCAGGUCGAGAAAAGUUUGUUGCGCUUGACGACGGAAAGGAUGCUCGCGCACGGGAUCGGCCUUGACUUGAUCAGCCUGAGCAAGAUGCCGCUGCAUACCGUGCCGCUCUUCCAAUUUCGCUCGCCCGACCCAGCUGCCUCGGAGGUCUCGCUCGCGGCGGCAAACGAGUCUGCCAUCGCCUUGCCCGCCACAACCUCGAACGCAGGCGGCAGCGCUCGACCGGCCGACUCGCUCAGCCAGGUCUUCAGCGCAUCAUACGCCGGCUCGUCGCCGGCUCAGUCGCCAGCUCUUCCAGCCCAUCGCUUUCCCGCCUCGAACGCCACCUCCGCUUUCCGUCCCUCGUCCCUUCGCCAAGCGCACGGCUUUCACUCGGGAUCCAUGCCCUCAAACUCGACAGCCCCACCUCUGCGAGACCCUCAUGCGCCGGAGGAGCAGGCGUUAGCAGCAGCGACACGAGCCGUGCCGAUGCUGCGACAGGUCCCGGACGACCAGCGUGAUCCGCUCUACUUCGACCCACCUCCGCCGCCCGCAGCAGCGAAAGCGACACAUCAUGCUCGACUAGCCUCGGCGUCUAUCGGCCUCCAACCUUCGUCGACGACAACAUCGGCUAUUCCGCCUUCAUCUCAACCGUCUUCCUCAGCCAGCAUGCCACUACCCCAUCUGCCCGCAACACCUUCCUCCGCCCUCCGGCCCGCUUCUCCCACCGCUCCGCGGCCUGCAACCCACCUCGAGACCUCGCUCUACUACGCCGCACCAAUGUUCGUCUUCCCUCACUUCUUUGGCACGCAGAUCGACAAGCCGUUCCGCAUCGACCGCUUCAUGCCUCGCGCGCGAUGCUACGAGCUCAGCGUGCAGGGUGUGACGGAGCGCGUACCCAUUGCGAUUCCCCUGUUGCACCUUGACUCGCUGGGAGGGAAGAAGGUAGACAGCGAUAGCGACGGUGGAGAGGGAUUCCUGACGGAGAUGGAGCGGCGGAUACAGCAGAGGGAGCGGUACGACGCGCUUGCGCUUGGCGCGAGGGAUCCGUUCGAACCACUCGGCGGAGGCGCCGGUGGUGCAGGAGGAGGGAUGCGAGGGAGGGGCGGAGACGGCGCGACGCGAUGGGCCGAGGUGAGGGAGAGCGGAGCCACGACGGGAACGAGCGGCACGAGCGAGGGCGGCGGGAAGAGCGGCAGCGGCUGGAGCUCCGACGGACACAACGUCGGCAGCUUGUCGUCCAGCAGCGAGGCCGAAGCGGCGGACGCAAGUCUGCGACCUGCUUCCGUCGUUGCGCGGCAUAUCGACGCGGAAGACCACAGCGACGAAAACUCUGGCGCCAGCACACCCGUCCUGUCGCCCAAGAACUCGCUCGGACUCGGUCUCCCAAGCAUCGCUGUGGCCGACUCGCUGCGUAAGACCCCGACUCUGCCGGACGACGGGACAGCCAGCUCUCGGCGCGGCUCAGUCUCGACGACUUCCUCUGCGGCUGCGCGUCUGAGCGUCGAUGAAGACGAGCGAGGUCGCCGGUCUGAUCGAGACUCUGCAGGCGGGCGGAAGAAGAGUGCCGUCGAGGCUUCACUCGGACGGUCCAAGACGCCCGUCCCCAAGCAUCGACGCGACCGCUCCGCAUCCAUCGCCGCUUCCAUCCGCACCGCCGCAUCGGGUCAAAGCAAAGCGGACAUCGGUUCCCCUGCGCUCAGCUCCGCUCGAAAAGCCUCAACCCCGGCUCUCAUCGCCCGCCUGACUGGAGGCGUCGGCGCAACAACAACUUCUUCAAUCCCCGGCUCGACGACAGCGCCCAGCACGAACGGCGCCCCUCCACGUCCUGGGUGGCUCAGCCUCUUCGGUCGUUCGCACACCCUCUCCAGCGCGCCAGCAUCUCCCGCUGCCCAAGUCGCAGUCGCUCGCGUCGAUGUUCAGGCGAGCUUGCGGAACGAGGACUCGCCUCGCCUCACGAGUGAAGCGACUCUCGUCGAUACGCCUGUCCUCGAGGUCUCCUCUUCCAGCCGGCGCAACUCCUCGCGGUCUCGAACCGAUGCCUCGUCCAUCAUGAGCGAAAAGAAGCUCAACAGAACGCAGCCAAUCUCGAUCGGCUCAAAACUCGGCGGGACCACAAGUGGCACAGGCGGUACGAGUGGUCACGCUCGGAAGAAGAGCGCAGCAGGCGGUGGAGACAGCGCGGGGAGCAGCAGCGUCAAAGAAGGCGGGCGGAUGUCAUCAUCGCUCAAGGCGUACGACUCUGCUGGCGCGAUGCGGCGAGCAUUCGGCGUUAGUGGUGGGAAGAUAUCGGUGGCCGAAAAAUUCAAUCCGUCCAAGCCGGGCAAGCGAAGCGUUGGACUGGCGGAUCAGGCGAGGCGUUGGGCGGGCAUCGUUGUCAUGGAGCGGCGAAGCAUGCGGCUGGGCGUCAAAUGGCGAUCCAUCACUCGAGGCGCUUGCCUGCCCAUCACGACUGAUUACCUCCCCUCGUCCGAUGCUCUCCAGACGCAGUACUCCGAGUUCCGCUACACAGUCCCGACCGCUUCCGUCACUUCAUCCUUUCUCCUCCGCGCCGAUCAUCCCAAGCGCUCGCACAGCUUGACGCUCGUUACCGAGCUCAUCUGCCAGCGCCUCUCGCAAGGCUUCCAGAUCUGCCUGCCGAGCAACGCCGAAUUCGCGACAAGCAAGACGCUGCACGACGUCCUCGGCGACAUCCAGGAAGGCGAAGUGACGGCGGUGUACCUGUCUCUCGCCAACCAGAUUCACCGCAUCUGGUACGACCGCCGCUCGCAGUCCGUCUUUGUCCGCAUCCUGCGGCGUCGACGCACGUGGGCGAAGCAACCGUACGAGUACAAGGCACUCAUCUGGACGGUCGGGCGCGAGAACUACGACAUGUCGCGAAUCGCCUUCCCGUACCCCGCUAUGAUCGACCCGGUCGACUGGCAGCACGUCGACAGACUCGUCGCAGGCGUCGAGAGGCCCGACAACCAGCAAGCCGUGCGCUAUCGUCGAACUCGCCUCGUGCUUCUCCCGGCCGCCAAGGUGCCCGACCGCGACUACAUCAUCGGCAUCACGAAGGCUCUGCAGGGUGGCGAAGUCUCGGACGCCGCGAUCCGGAUGCAAGGCUUCUACGCGUUGAUGGAAACGAUCGAAUCAGCGAGGUGGACGCCAGGCGGUGUCGAGAAAAUGCCGCUCUCCAUCGCGCAUACGACGCUUGACGCUCCCGGAUGGGCCAUCGCCGAAGCUCGACGACUCGAGCAGGCUACGCCGAACCCUGCCAGUCCGCUUUCGCCAACGAGCGCUUCACUGCCAUCUCAGCCGCCGCAGCCUCGCCAGAACUGGCUGUCGCGGAUGCAGGGCCGGACCGGCGCUGGCAGGGGGGAUGAGCCUGGCACGCCACAGUCUGAGCGGGACGUCGAGCUCUCGUCUCCUGCGCUGUCAACGGCGAGCAAGGAAAUCGUCUCUGCCCUGAACAAGGUCGACCCGACUGCUUCGGUCUCCGACUUGCCGUCGUCCGCACCAAGCGCCGACAAGUCAACAGCGAAGCGGCCUGUCGUCGUUAUGUCGCAUGCCGUGGUUCUCGACCUCGACCCGCAGAAGCGCUCCGACCGGGCUGAGCGCGUGCUUUGUCACCUCGACCGCUCGCACAACAUCCAUGCCGCAUACCACGUCGAGCUCGCCUGGCUCACAGCGUCGGGCAAGAUCGUCGACACGACCAUCCAAACCUGGACACGGCAGAUGGCGCGAUACGGGCUCAAUCUCGUCGAGGUGUCGAUGCGACCUGUUUUGCUCUCGCACAACCCGUACCAGAAGCCCGCCAUGGUCCGACCCGUCGUUCUUCCCGUCUCGCCGUGGACCAGCGACGAGGAAAGCAGCAGUUCGGACGAUGAAGCUGAAGCGUCUCGCUUCAAGCGCCCGCCUCGACAGAAGAAGGACGCUCUCGCUGCGAUCCUCCGCCACCUCGACUUUGUCCUCGACCUGGGCGCCGACUCGACCUUUCCUCAGUCCAUCGAAGUGCAGUACUCGUACCGCCGAACCGCGACACUCGAUUCGCAGUACAUCCACCGCUCCGGCACGAUUCUGGUCUCCAUCAUGGAAGACGACCGAGGACCGCUCUUCGCCUACGCACCGAACCGCAUCUUCACGACGCACAACCCGACUCUCGACCGUGACGAGCCUGUCAAGCGAUUGAAGGAGGUUUGCGCCGAUGCGGAACUGCUGAGGCGGCUGUAUGGGGAGACGGACGAGUAG